AUGGCAGCGCUGUGGCUUGCGAUCUUCGCGUGGACGGUGCGCGCGACCACAUGGCAGGAUUGGAGUACCAGCAGUUGGGACAGCUCCUCCAGAAGCUCCUGGAGAAGCAGCACCGGUGGCGCUUCACACAGCUCCAGCGGCUCACACGGCUCACUGCGCGCCAGCGGCUCUAUGCCCGAUGGAUCCCUGCGUGAUAAGGAGGAAAAGGAGUUUCUGAAGGACCAGGGCCAGGGCUACAAGAGCGAUGAGGUGGUGCUGGCCGAGUGUGUCGAGCAGAGUUCCGGUUGGAGUGAAACCCUGCGACGGCAUUGCUGUGAGGCCAUGGGCUUGGGCUGCGGCGUCUCCUUGGCGGCGGCCGUCUCAACGGGCGUCUCCAGCCUCGAGCUGCCGGCCGUCACGGUGGUGGUGGGGAAAGAAUUCGAGGUGCCCGUUGGGACCUUUCUGGGGCAAGAGGUGACCUUGCUGGUGGAUGGAGAGCCACCCCACAACUGGCUCCAGUUCAAUGAAAAGCAUGGGAGCCUUUUGGGCCGUGUCGGCGCCCCUGGCAGUUGGCGGAUCUCUUUGCGUGCCAAGGGCGAUGAAGAGCUGCCUUCCGCACACUUGGAGCUCUUUGCCGUAGAUCCUUUGCACUCACCGAGCACACCAGCGGGCGCACCUUUUGAGGAGGCGAAUGCGCGGCCCUUCUUGGUGCAGAGUGUGCCGGAUAUCUGGACCAAAGUAGGUCAGAACUUCCAGCAGGCCGUGCCCGCCACCAGCAUCGUCGAUCCCUCUGGUGCCCCCUUGCUCCUCACGGCGAGGUUGAAGUCCGGCUCACCGCUGCCGCUUUGGCUUUCCUUCGAUCCGAGUACCAGGACCUUCCGAGGAAAACCUCCCUAUGAAGAGGACUUGCAGAUCUCUCUCCAUGCCAGUAAUGCGCACGGAGCGAUGUCCACCAGUUUGGGGCUCCAUGCCACCGACGGCGACCGCGGCCCCAGCAGCCGCGACCAGCACGCGGUGGCGGCCUUUCGAGGGCCGGACGUGGUGGUCCCCGUGGGGAAGCGCUUUGUCCAGAAGAUACCUGGAAUCCAUCCGGCCAUGGAGAUGUUGAAUACUCUGAGCGCUUCCAUGGAUAACGAUGCCUUACCCUCCUGGCUGACCUUUCAAUCUCAGAGCUUUACUGGAGUGCCACCCGAGGUGGGCCACUUUUGGAUCUCUCUCCGUGAUUCGGAGGGUCGCUUGGUCCUCACCUUCUUGCUGCACGUGGUGCGCGAAACCAGCCCGACCGCGGCGAGCCAAGCGCGCCCAAGCAUAGGUGUAGGCCCGCCGCAGGCUCCCCUGAUCGCACAGCUCAUCCCGGACCAGUAUGCCCAGGCCGUGCAGGGGGGGGGGGGCGAUUCCCCCAUCUUCCUGCCGGUGCAGGACCGCUCGCGGACCGCUCUCCAUGCUUUGUUUCCUCCUCACCCUUGCAAAGGAACCUCCUUCACGGCGCGCUAUGCUGCACCCAGCCCAGCGGCCUCCAGCGCCCCAGGCUUCGACCGGUUUCCUCCUGAAGGUGGGUUCGGGCGGUUCCUCCCCCUUCGUCACGGGGCUCUUGCCCGACAUCACCGUGCUUGGUGGCCAAGCGCUGACUCAAGCCAUUCCACGGACCGUGAUCAGCGACCCCGAUGGUGA